AUGGAGAAGUCUACCUCGCAAGUGUCUCGGAAGGACACUGUCUUGAGUACACGGUACAUCGAAGGCCUUAUUGCAGAGGGAAAUCAUGUCUUCAUCUUCGAGAAACGCGUUCUAAAGGUGGACGCGUGGAUCAAGUUCCAUCCCGGUGGAGACAAGGCUAUCAAGCACAUGGUGGGCAGGGAUGCAACAGAUGAAAUCACUGCACUACACUCGAAAGAAGCUCGCGAGCGAAUGUUGUCAUAUCAGAUUGGACGAAUUGAGGGAUUGUGGUCCAACUUCAAGCCCCCCAUGCAUGGUGGCAAGUACCGUCCAUACACUGAUGAGUCCUGCUCAAGUGAAGAGGACUUGUCCAGCGUAGAAAAUUCCAGCCAGGAUGGCUCCACCCCACCAUCCCCAGUCUUUGAUGCAUCCGCCCUCCGAAAGAGGAACACAACUGCUACUGUUACACCCGAACCUUCUCUUCCCGCUAACACCGCAUGGAAGACAACUGGACCAACAUUCCUGGACGCUCGAACUAAAGAAGAAUUAGCCUUUGAUACAGCCAAAUACCCCCCAGUGGAUAUCGAACAUCAGGAGAUUGUGAAACAGAAGUACCGUGCACUCCAGCAGCGCAUGUUGAACGAUGGCCUUUUCAAAUGUCGGUACUUCUGUUACUUCAUUGAGGCUUCCCGUUAUACGCUAUUCGCAUCCCUGUCAUACCUGUUCCUCCGCUGGGGCUGGUACGCCUUCUCAGCAUUUUUCCUCGGAAUAUUUUGGCAUCAGCUUGUCUUUUGUGCCCAUGAUGCUGGUCACAUGGCCAUUACAGGCAACUUUCAAUUUGACAGCAUCAUUGGUAUCCUCAUUGCCGACUGGAUGGGAGGACUGAGCUUGGGAUGGUGGAAACGGAGCCACAACGUGCACCACAUAAUAACCAAUGCUCCCGAGCACGACCCAGAUAUUCAGCAUAUUCCCUUCUUCGCUGUUUCACACCGCUUCUUCAAUAGUUUAUGGAGCACUUACUAUGACCGAUUCAUGACAUUUGAUAAGCCGUCGCAGUUUCUGCUCAAGGUCCAGAACUACUCUUACUACCCUAUCAUGUCUCUGGCGCGCUUCAAUCUCUACCGCCUGAGUUAUGAGUAUCUCUUGAAGGGCCAGGCUCCCAAAAAAGGCCCAGCCUGGUUCCACGUUUGGCUCGAGAUUGCUGGCCAGUGCUUUUUCUUCUACUGGUUUGUUUAUGGCGUGGUGUGCAAAACACUUCCAGACUGGCAGACUCGGGUCACUUUUCUCUUGAUUUCUCACAUCAUGACUUCCCCUCUGCACGUUCAGAUUACCCUGUCGCAUUUUGCCAUGUCUACUACCGAUAUGGGUCCCCAAGAGUCUUUCCCCCAGAGGAUGCUGCGCACUACCAUGGAUGUCGACUGCCCUACCUGGUUGGACUUCUUCCAUGGCGGUCUGCAAUUCCAAGCUAUUCACCACAUGUACCCUCGCAUGCCGCGCCACAAUCUGCGUCGUGCUCAGAAAUACAUUUUGGAAUUUUGCCAGGAUACCGGUAUCCCAUACGCUAUCUACACCUUCUAUGACGGAAACAAGGAGGUCAUCAGCCACCUUGGAGAAGUUGCCAAGCAGCUUAAACUCAUGGAGGAGUGCCGCAAGUCUAUCACCACCGAGGGAGUCUUUAACCCUCUCGAUUAA